AUGCCGAACCUUUUUGAAAAGAUUCAUGAUAAGCUUUCCUCUAAGAGUUCCUCGAAGACUGAGGUGCCCACCGAUAUUCCCUCGUAUGACCAACCUCUUGACCGUCGCACGAUGUACCAGCUCCGUAUGCAACGCGGUGUGAAUCUUGGGUCUUGGUUCGCUUUGGAGGCAUGGCUUACGGGAAGCGUGUUUCAGCAUGCCAAAGAUCCUAAGCAGAGUGACCUUGAUCUCGUGAGUGGGAUGAAGCCCGAGGAGGCUAAGAAGAUUCUCGAACACCACUGGGACCACUUCAUCGAUGACGGUGACUGGAAGUGGAUGGCGUCGCACGGCAUUAGCGCUGUCCGUCUCCCAAUCAACUAUGUGCACUUUGUGGCGAGUGAUUCGAAGUACUCUAGCCUAUUGAAAGGAACUGAGUUUGCCUCAUUCGCUGAAGUGUACCAAGGUGCAUGGUCGCGCAUUGAAGCGGCGAUCAAGAAAGCAGCUUCUCACAACAUCGGUGUACUGAUUGACCUUCACGGCGCUCCUGGUGGUCAAAACAAAGAUGCUCACUGCGGCAAGAGUGAUGGUAAUGUCAGUUUCUUCAACGGAAUCGGCGCAGGGUCAAACAGGAAAACAACGAUUAAGAUUCUUGUUGAGCUCGCGGCAGCCGUGGCUUCCUAUGAGAAUGUCAUCGGUCUUGAAUUGAUUAACGAGCCUAUUAACCACUCUUCACUGGAGGGAUUCUAUGAUGAUGCCAUCAAGGCUAUCCGUUCGAGUAACAGCAAGGAUGCUGCGAGGCUGCCGCUUUACCUGGGUGAUGCCUGGCAUACGCGUCAUUAUGCCAAGUAUGUGGGCGAGCAUAGUAAUGCUGGUAACCCGCUGGUUAUGGACCACCACCUGUACCGUUGCUUCACCAAGCAGGACCACAGUACUUCAGCAGAGGACCAUGCCAAAGCCCUUGACUUGAACAACGGAGAAACUGCCAAUUUCCUGAAGAGCAUUUCUAACCAGACCGGUGGCAAUGUGAUCAUCGGUGAAUGGAGCAGCGCUCUGAACCCCGGCUCGCUUAAGAACAGCUCCAACAAGUCGGAGGCCAAGAAAGCAUGGGGUAUGUCUCAAUGGUUUGCAUUCGAGCAAUUUACGGCUGGCUACUUCUACUGGACUCUUAAGAAGGAGGGUGGUCCUGACCCGGGCUGGUGCUUCUAUACGGCCGUGGAAAAGGGUGUCAUGCCCCAGUCGCUCAAUCCUCUUCAAGCUACCCGACACCGUAGCCCGCAGGAGCUGCAGCAGGCGUGUGACCAGGCCAUGGACCCUCUUUACAAAGAGCACUGUAAGUACUGGGACUCCAGGAACGCGAAGGGCCAGCACGAAGGCUACGUGCAAGGAUUCCGCACCGCUUGGACAGACUACAUGAGCUUCCUGCAGCAAGGCACGGAGCCCGGCUUGACACAGACUCUGUGCAAGCUUCGUUGUGCCUCGUUCGAAUCACAAGGUCACAAGGAUGCAUGGGAGUUUGAGCAUGGCUACAUGCAAGGAUUGAAGUCGUUCAAGAAGCUUCUGUACCAGUAA